ACUUAUCAAGUGAAACCAUACAUAGCCCAAAGUUCAAUUCAGGAGAUUUAGAGCGAGAUCGGAAGCCUAGAACUCAUGGGUUCUCAAACAAUACCAACUCCCACCAUUGAUUUAACCUUGGAGAACUCGAAACCUCAUUCGAGUUCUUGGGUUGCCACGUGCAACCACAUCCGCCUCACACUCGAGGAGCAGGGCUGGUUCGUCGCGAAGUACGACAAGCUGUCGCUACAUCUUCGAGGCACGAUCUUGUCCGACCUUAUAGAGCUGUUCGAGCUUCCGUACGAAACCAAAAUCCAGAACACGAGUGCUAAGCCUGCAUUCGGCUACGUCGGGAAGAUAGCCGCGAUCCCUCUUCACGAAGGCUUGGGGAUCGACCGCGCCACAGAUUUGAGAGAGUGCCAGAAGUUCGCCAAUCUCAUGUGGCCAUCCGGCAACGAUCGUUUCUGCGAAAAUGCUCACCUUUAUGCGAAGACGGUCUCAGAGUUGGAGCAGACGGUGGUGAGGAUGUUGUUCGAGAGCUACGGAGUGGAAAAGCAUUGCGAGUCUCACGUCGGGGCCACCACUUAUCUGCUGAGGUUUCUGAGUUACCGGAGGCCCGAGAACGACGAGGCCAACUUGGCAUUCGUGACUCACACGGACAAGAGCUUCAUCUCCAUACUCCAUCAGAACCAUGUGAGAGGACUGGAGCUGAGAAACAAGGACGGAGAGUGGGUAGGGUUUGAGCCCUCACCUUCUUCGUUCGUGGUCUUGGCUGGUGAUGCAUGCAUGGCAUGGAGCAAUAACCGAGUAAAGCCUGCUUAUCACAGAGUAGUGAUGAAAGGGAACGAAGCAAGGUAUGCGCUUGGAUUGUUCUCUUUCCGGGGUGGACUGAUAGAGACUCCGGAAGAGCUUAUCGACGAUGAGCAUCCGAUGCAAUAUAAGCCGUUCGAUCAUGUGGGCCUGCUUCGUUUCUACGACUCCGUCGACAUCCGUGACAGAGCCAAGCAUACCAUGACCAAAGCCUACUGCGGAGUCUGAAAUCCACUCUCCACGGUCAUGCGCAGAAGGAGAAGCGAACUCUGUAUUAAAAGAAAAUAAAGAGAGUUUAAGUAUGGAGUGUGUAAGGAUUUGGGCUUCCUCAACGAGCGAACUAUUUAGAGAUGAUUGUUUAUGAAAUUGUGACUCAAGUUACAAAUUGCCUUCAUAGGUACGGGAAGUGUAUUAACUCC